AGCAUGCUAGUACGUAGCUGCCUUGUAAUUGAGGAGGCGGUACAAGUUUUUAACAGGACGCACACUUUCAACAUUAAUUCAUUACUGUGAGUAGAGCUGUUUUAUUUACCCGGGAACAUGACAAGAGAGGCCUCCAGAGUGUUAAGGUUGUGUCUGCAUCACAUGGCUCUGCUCCGAAGAUAUUCACAUCCUGGCUCAUCGCUCCAAGCAGCCAGAUUCUUUAGUUCACACAGGGAAGGAAAGCGCAGAGGGCUCUUAUGGAAGACUCUUGUUGGGAUCUCUGUCGGCAUACCAGGGGCGGUGGGUGUAAAGUAUGCUCUAUCAGAGCCCAGAGAGAGGAGGAAGAUGAGGAUUGUAAUUGAAGGAUUUGGUCGCUUCUGCAGAUCUCUCUCUGUGGGAAUCCUUAUCUCUGUGGAUUACUGGUGGACCACCAAUGUGGCUCUUCAUGGCCUGGAUGAGAGCAGCCCAUCUUACUUGGCUGAGAUGUCAGCCUGCCACCAGAGGGCAGCAGAGAGUAUGGUGGAAGGUGCCAUCAGGAACGGCGGAAUAUACAUCAAACUUGGCCAAGGUCUGUGUUCCUUCAACCACCUCCUGCCCCCGGAGUACAUCCGCACCCUGCAAAUACUGGAAGACAAGGCCUUGAACAGGAGGUACAAAGAGGUGGAUGCUCUCUUCCAAGAAGACUUCAACAAAACUCCAGAGCAACUUUUCAAAACGUUUGACUAUGAGCCCAUAGCUGCCGCCAGCUUGGCACAGGUUCAUAAGGCGGAGCUGUUUGAUGGGACUCCUGUUGCUGUGAAGGUGCAGUACAUUGACCUCAGGGAUCGAUUUGAUGGUGAUAUCAGAGCACUGGAGAUCCUGCUGGAUAUUGUUAAGUUCAUGCACCCCAGUUUUGGAUUCCGCUGGGUUCUUAAGGACUUGAAGGGUACAUUGGCCCAAGAGUUGGACUUUGAGAAUGAGGCCAAGAAUUCUGAGAGGUGUGCGCAGGAGCUGAAACACUUCAAAUUUGUUGUUAUACCCAAAGUCUUCUGGGAGCAAACUAGUAAGAGGGUGCUGACAGCAGAGUUUUGCAAUGGUUGCAAAAUCAACAACCUGGAAGACAUUAAAAGACAAGGUCUGAGUUUGAAAAGAUGUAAGUUGCUGCACUCUAGACAAAGAUUUGAUACUGCAGAUAAACUGAUUCGAACAUUUGCUGAGCAAAUAUUCUACACUGGUUUCAUCCAUGCUGAUCCUCAUCCUGGAAAUGUUCUGGUGAGACGUGGUCCUGAUAACAAGGCAGAGUUGGUGCUGUUGGACCAUGGAUUGUAUGAAUUCCUCAGUCAACACAACAGAGAGGCCCUUUGUAAACUGUGGAGGGCCAUAGUCCUGCGAGAUGAGGCAGCAAUGGAGAAGUACUCUAAUGCUCUUGGGGUCAAAGAGUACUUCCUCUUUAGCGAGAUGCUGCUGCAGCGACCCAUCAACAUGCGGGAGCUGGGCCUGUCCAACAUCCUGAGCAGAGAGGAGACGAGCUACAUGCGCGACAUGGCCAUCCACCGCUUCGAGAGCAUCAUGCAUGUGCUCAAGUCGAUGCCCCGGCCCAUGCUGCUGGUCUUCCGCAACAUCAACACAGUCCGAAGCAUCAACAUUACUCUGGGAGCACCGGUGGACCGCUACUUUGUCAUGGCCAAGAGUGCGGUUCGAGGCUGGGGGAGGAUUCAAUCAGAGAAGGGGGGCAUACUGCCCAGCCUUUGGAUCUUCGGCUGGGUGAGGACAACAUGGGAGAGCCUCAAGUUUGAGCUGGCUUUGAGAUCAGAGAUGGCAGUGAUGAGUCUGACACGUUCGUUCCUGGGCCUGCUGUCGUACUUUGGCCUCAUAUCUCUGGACAACGACAUGUACGAGUACCUGAGGUAGUGCACAGCUGUUUCACCCUGAGGGAACAGAGAAUAAAGACCUUUUCCAGGCAUGAGUUAAUGCAGUCCAGCAGGAAGGAGCCUGCUUUACUGUAGCAGCUCCAAGCACUGGUGCUGACAGUGCUGCUCACCAAAUCACAUACACAGCUGUGUCAGAAAUGACCUCUUCAGAAUGAACUUUAGGACUGUAAAACACCAAACUCACUCAAGGACCAACUCCUCGCCUGAGUUUCAGAACUUUAAAGCCUAUUGUAAUGUUUUUAAAUUAAAUUAAGGAAAUUACAUUUCAUUUUUACCAUUUACAUAAUUCAGUUUGUUUUAGUGUAAUCUUAGUAAUUCUUUUUGAAAUCCAAAUUUGAGAUAUUUUAAAGUACAGUUUAUGCUUGAAAGAAACCAGUCAACAGUUAUCUAUUUAUUUUUUCCUCAACAUUGUUUUAUAGCAGCUGUAUCAUCUCUGCAUCAUCAUGCAACUGGGUCCCCUACUGGAGCCAGAUUUAAAAAGAUGUAUUAAAUCUCUGUAUGAUUCCCCUGACAUAUUCAACAGUGAGUAAACUGUGCAGAUUAAAUGUUUUAAAAUUAUUUAAUAUUAAUAAAAUGUUCUACCUCCUUUU